AUCACAUUUAUCGUGUAUAUCCACUCUCUUCUUUACCGCCUCUUAGUUGUUAACGUCACCCCCAAAAUCAAAACUCUACGCAAACCUAGCUCACGAGAUCUGAACCCUAACAAAGCUUGCUCUCCGAGGCCAGCUUGGGCAUCGAUUAUCAUCACCGCCGUCCGAUCACCGGCGAUGGACUGCUGUUUCCGUACGAACCCCUUCCGCCUCUGCUCCGGCCUCAAGGUGCUCGGCUCCUACUACGCCGUCGUCUUCGUCGUGUGGGGCCCCAAACUCCUGGACGGCGACGCCCUCGCCUACUGUAUAAUCAUCACCUUCAAUAUCCUGCUUAUUCUAGCAUCAUGGAGUUAUUUUAUGGUUGUUUUUCGUGAUCCUGGUACUGUUCCUCUUAACUGGAGGCCUACUUUCGAUGAGGAGAGUUUGGAAACUGGCAGUUCAAUGAUGUCUGAUUAUGUUACCCCUGAAUCCAGGGCCUCUACAUGGACCUCAGAAGGGAUGGAAAGAAGACCAGGUGUUGGUUAUUGCAAUCGUUGUCAAAACAGCAAACCUCCACGCUGCCAUCAUUGUUCCAUUUGUCAAAGAUGUGUGCUUAAGAUGGAUCAUCAUUGCGUGUGGGUUGUCAAUUGUGUUGGAGCAGGGAACUACAAGUUUUUCCUCCUUUUCCUGCUGUACACUUUUCUAGAGACAAUUUUGGAUACUCUUGCCUUGCUUCCACAUUUUAUCAAAUUCUUUGGAGAUGCAACAAGUCACUCUGGUUCUUCUGGCAAUCUUGCUGUUACAUUCGUAGCAUUUAUCCUCAAUUUGGCUUUUGCACUAAGUUUGCUGUGUUUCCUGAUUAUGCACACAUCUCUUCUAUUCAGCAAUACAACUACGAUAGAGGUGCAUGAGAAGAAGAAGGGUGUGAUAUGGAAAUAUGACCUAGGAAAAUGGAAGAAUUUUGAACAGGUUUUUGGAACAAAAAGGUUGCUGUGGUUUCUACCAAUGAUUUCAAAAGAGGAUUUGGAAAACAUUCCGGCACUUAAAGGCCUUGAUUUUCCAGUCAGAUCCGAUGCAGAGUCAUAAGGAUCGUAAGCUCUGUCCAUUCAUUAUAUGUGCCAUAUCAUCAUUGCAGUCAUAUUCAUUAAUAAAACUAGCAGUAGAUAUGAUUUCUUUUGAUGGUUAGAAGUUGUUUCCUUAUUAUCAUCUGCGCAUAUAGUUGUUGUUGUGAUAUCCAUUAGUGUAUCGGCAUCAGAUGUAAAUUGUUUUGAUUGUUAAAGUUGUUUAUAUCGAUAUCCGACAAAAUUAGACAACUUCAUUGUAUUUAGAUGUACACAUUGUAGAAAAACUGAAGGUUCCUCUU